UUCUCUUUCCUUUCUAAUUUGGAAUAAUAAUCAAUCAUUGAAUCCCCCACGCGCCAUGUAUAACUGUAACGGCACAUUCUGUUACGCCAAUAACGACGACCAUUUCCAUCACAUGAUCACGCCAAUGCAUUCGUCGUCGUCGACCGGAGCCGCAUCUCAUCAAUGGCAAUUGAUGAUCACGAACCCGUCGGAAGCGAGCAUGAGCGCAAGCAGCGGGUGUAGCACGCCGAGUUCGUUGGCGAGUUGCGGUGACACCACGAGUCAGCGCGUGAGCGCCACGAAGAUGCACAAGAGCGUGAGUAGCCACUCGCUGUUGUUGCAGAAUAACAAUAGCAGUGGGGUCCACCACAACCGUAAUCAGUUGUAUCCAUCCUUCUCUGCUCUUUUCUGUGAGUUUCUUAAUUCCGAUGACGCUCCCGUUCGCAGGGUUUACAGCACCGGUGAUCUUCAGGAAGAUACUUCACUAUCAAGUGAGAGUAGUAUGAUAAUAGAAGCAAUGAGCAGAGCCAGUCCCUAUAGCCCUGAAGAGAAGAAGAUAAGAAUUGAGAGAUACAGAAUCAAGAGAAACCAGAGGAACUUCAACAAGAAAAUCAAGUAUGCUUGUAGAAAAACAUUGGCGGAUAGCCGGCCGCGAAUUAGAGGAAGAUUUGCAAAGAAUGAUGAAAUUGUGAGAAACCCUCCAUCACUUGAAUGGUGCCAAUUUGGUGCUGCUGGGGAGGAACAAGAUGAAGAAGAUGAGAAUAAUUGGGCCAAUUUAUUUGAUUCCUUAGACCCUGCAAAUGUUGUUGCUCAUCAUCAUCAAGAGCAACAAGAUAGUUCCCCUUUCGGUGUAUUCUACUAAAAUAUUUGAAUUUGCAUGUCAAUGAAGAAUCACUAUAAUUAUUUGUUUUCUGUUUCCUCCCUUUUUUUCUUUCUUUCUCUGUUAAAGAGUGUUAUUGUUGUGGU